CUCCACAAAUCCAGAAUUGCGUUUCGAUGGACAUGAAAUCGUGUAGAGACAACGGCUUGGCCCAUACCAGCUUGUAGCAUACAAAUAAUACGAAGGCGGUCAUUUUCAUUGAGCCUCGGCAUAGCAUUAAUCACAAAUUAAAACGUUAUAAUGCUGUUUUUGCUUUUCACUGGUUCCAACAGAGUGACCGAACAGUUGAAAAAUAAACUUUUAUUGUCGAAUUGGAUGGCUGGACGAGAAAAACGUGCAAACUGGUCAACGCCUAUAGAUAGCAAACUGAACGGGGAAAACUGACAACGCCACACGGAUAGUGGGUAUGUGUCAUACUCAGUCAUGUGUGCGAAUUGUCAGGUAUAUACAGUUGAUAAUACUUGUUCUGUAACAUUUUUUUUUUUCCGCUAGUAUAUGUUAUUAACUUCAUUUAGAGAAACAUAAAUCACUUAAAUUAACCCGUUUCCAGUGCAUGUAAUAUUUUCAAUAAUGAAUGAUGUAUUUGCUGUACAAUCGAUUAUCGUUCUCUAUGUUGAAUAGUGAGUCAGAUUAGUUUAGGGUUCCCUUUUGAAAAGAGUUUUGAUAUGAGCUGUCUUAAUCAUUGUAGUACUUUUGCUCUAGACAUGACUUAGUAUGAGUCGACUUGAUUUUCGAGUUUGUUCCAUUUAGCUAUGACUUAAUAGUAAAUCGACUUUAUCACUGGGACCAUUUCCCUCUAAAGAUGACUAAGAAGUGAGUCGACUGUAUUUUCGGGCAAAUUUCUCUUUAGCUACAUGUAUGAUUGUUGACUUUUAUCACUUGAACACUUUGCCUCUAAAUAUGGCUCGGAGGUGAGUCAGUCGUUUAUUGGUAACUUCCCCUUUGCUAUCACUUUUGGUUUCAGUUUACGUUAUCACUGUGAUACUUCUUUAUAAGAGUGGCUUAGAAAUAAGUCGACAGGAAUUGACAAUAAUAUAUCCAAAUCACUUAAGAAUAGCUAGGCAAACCAUCCCAUUGAUUACUCGAUUGUUACAACCUGACGGAUUUAGUUGAAAAAGGGGCGCAAUUUUAUUAACCAUUUUUCUUAGAAGAGAUUGAUUACACUGAUUCAUUUUUUAAAACAAAACAAAAAUGAUUUUUAUUUUCUAUAUUUUUUAUAGUUAGACAAAUGACGAAUUGGACAUACGCUGUGUACAUUUUACGAUAUGGUUUGCCCCAAGAAACACUAGAAAUACAGUUUUAAAAUAUUUGUUCUGGUUUGAAUUUUGUUUUUUUGUUGCCUUUUUUAUUACUUCCCUGUUUGGUCUAUUCAAUCACUUACCAGCAACAAUCCCCUAUCCCCCCAAAAUAAUUUGUUUCGGUACAUGUCUUGCGUCCUGUCUUUCUGAAUCGAAACAAGGGUAGGUAUGUCUCGUUAUUCUAUCAAAGACAUAUACAACUCAUGCAUGUUUGUGUUAAAGAAUAAGAUUUCUGUUAUGGUAAAGAAUUAGAUUUUUGUAAUCUUUUGGGAUAUGUGAACCAAAACUGUUGUUGUUGUCAGAGAGAGUUGACCCUCGGGCAUCAAGCCCAUCAUAAUCUAUUUUUUUCUGAUUAUCGUUAAACGAUAUGUGAAAUCUUUUACCUAACUGUCUACGAUGUUUGCAUUGAAUCUUUGAUAUAUGUUUGCUAAUACAAUUCAGUCAAUUAAAAGUAUUCUCGAUUGUUUAUUAGUAUUUAUAAAAAGUAUUAUCACCAGGGCCUUCAGUAGACCCUUUUAAGUAUGGUUUCACUCCCCUAAAUGAUAUUUAGCUCUCGGAUUUUAAGAGACAGUUAUAUUUAACAUAUCAUUGGCUCUCAAAAAUAGCUUUGAUAAAUCGUUUCUGGAAAGGAAAUCAUAGCCAAGAUAACUUUCAUGAAAAAGGAAUAACGGUGACGUAAACAAUAUACUCAAGCAACAGAGUUCUAUGAAUGAAUAUUCAGUAUUGUAAUACCAAGAUUCAAGCCCUCUAACAAACUAUAAAGAUAAGUUCAAAUCCAAUAUUUUGCAAUUGAGCCAAACAAAAUGCAAAAUUGAGGAACUGUUGUCCUUAAGUUUAUAUACCUAGACCAGUUGUUCAAAUGGUGAUUAGCUUAAUCAGUUUUUAGCGCAAAAUUGACGUUGUGUUGUUUCGAAUAACUAGGUCAUAUUUAUUUCGAAUCAAGAUGAUUGUCAUUCAUCGUAUCAUGCUGCAUACAUGCACCAGGAUGAACCUCCUUUUACAGGGUCAGAGGAUAAUAGCUGAGUACAUGGCAAGCCUGACACUCGAUAAAAAUUGUUGUUAAAAUUGUGAUAAGCUAAAUCAGUGUUGCACACAAAACCGGUAAAACAAAAUCCUCAAAUGUGUUAAAACUUACAGGUAACAAAUAUUUACGUACAGUUAAUUUACAUCCAAAAUAACGAGUGUUUAUCUAGUAUGCUAGCAAAAUUAUGGAGGAUUGUAAAAAUGUCGUUCAUCAGUGACUAACCUAAUCAUCUAUCGAAAAACUCGAUCCUAUUUAAUUAGAAUCAGGAAGACAGUCAUCAAUCGUAUCAUUCUGCACGUCAGGAUGCAACUACUUAGUACAGGGUCAGAUGACAAUAUCAGGUGACAUGGAAAUCGUGUUAAUUGUGUAAGGGACUUCAGUUGAUGCACAUCGUUCACAUCACUUUUAUGCUAAAAUGUGUGGUCUAAGGAAUUCAACGAUUCUUUUUCUUUUGGUUUUAUUUCAUAUGAACCUUUAUGGAGAUACGCAGCUCAUUGGAGAAGAAAAGAAAUAUGUUUUUCUUGAACAAGCUGUGCUGGAGCGAGUGAAGUCUACAUUGUUAGAAAUGACAAAUACUCUUGAAGAAAGAAUGGGACGUCUGGAAGAAGACAACAAGCAAAUUACAUCGAAACUGAACUCCAUUGAUGAUCCUAUUAAUUCUUCAACAGAACCGUUGGUUGGCUGCCCCGCAUCAGACAAAUGCACAGGCCUUGGUCUUGAGUCCCAGGGUGGUGAUAACGAGGCAGUGCCAUGCCGAAAUAGAGGAAUAAAACAUUUGUUCGAAUGUCCACUUUCAAAAUCAGGUCCCCGAUUUGUGAUGGAUCCAGCGACCUUAUUUUUAAGCUUCCUUUCCAAGGAUAAGCUAACAUUGUCAAACAGACGACUGGAGAGCAGCCAUGACUGGCCAGCAGUAAAUGACCGGAAAUACAAAGGGGCACAGGGAUCAACUGUGAUUAGCAGCCGACAAACAAUGUACUUUGAAACUGACAUUUAUUACCGAAUAGAGCGGGACCUAGGUGAAAGAAACCUGGUUUUUGAGGUUGGUUUUGCAACAGAAAAGGCGAUUGGUGAAGGUCUCUAUGUCGGUGGAAAAAAAGGGGGGUGGUCAAUUUUUGCUUAUAAUUUCACACAGGGUGUUACUCUCUGCAGCCAAUUUAAAGGCGAAAAGUUCCUGACCUUAAAAACUCUUAGUGACGCCACUUAUGGUACAGAAAAAUAUUUGAAACUUGGAUUCUUCAUUAACAGAGUUGACAGAUCUAUCGGUGUGUUUGACAUAAACAUGAACAGGAAGAUAUACACUUUUACUAACGUGGACGGAUCUCAGGAAUUGUGGCCCGUAUUUGGCGUUUAUUCAACGACAAAAGCAAUUGUUCGCCUUCGACUGAACGUUGAAAGAGACAUAAUCAGUGUUCCGUGUGGUCUAUUUUAGCUAAUACUCUCAUAUUCAUCAAUGAUUGCUUUGGAUACGACAAAAGCAAGACAAUGUUUUAAAAGUUACAAGUUUUUGAUAUUUCAAACAUUGAAGAACAGUGGCAGAAUUAUGACAC